UCGACAGCGUUGUGGGCCUCCUGCACAGAAAGCAAAUAACUUUAAAAGAAAAACAAUUAAAAAUUAAAAUUUCGUUGCAUAUAUGCAAAAAAUAACAAAGCAAAUUAUUUGCAAUUUCAAUUAUUACCAAAUAUAGAAUCAAAAUUGUGAGCAUAUAAAAAAAAAUUGGUGUCAUCACAUCUGGUUGUCAAGGUCGAACAAGAAACAUUAGAAGCAGAAAAGCAGGAGAAAUUCCAAAAUGACUGGCACCUUCAGUGUAAAGUUAAAAUCGAAAAAAGGUCAAUUCAUUGUUAAGGAUUUGACAAAUCAAACGACGGUAGAAGAUCUCAAGAAGCGUAUGGCUCAAGUUACCCAAAUUAAGGAACCACAACUGCACAUUCUCAUGGGUUUCCCACCCAAACCACUGGACUUGGCAGCAAAUAGCGAGAAAACUUUGCAAGCUUUGGGCAUCAGUUCUGGCGAAACAUUGAUUGUGGAAGAUAAGGAAGUAGCUGUGCCUGUUGCCGAGCCCAACCUCGAAGAUGAUGAAGCACUGGCUCGUCGUCUGCAAGCGGAGGAGGAAGAGGAGCAGCUUAGACAGGUGGUAGCUGCGGCGACGGCUUCAUCGGCUGAGGGAAAUGAAGAUCGCCUCAUUUUACCGUCCAUUGAGAACAGCGCUGGCUCAAGUGGCAACUUCAAUGGUAUACUCCUGAAAAAAGUGGUACCUGCUGAUAACUCAUGCUUAUUCACCAGCAUACGUUAUGUCCUCAAUGGUAAAGUGGACAAUGAGGGUAGCGAAAUGAUGCGUCAUAUUAUUGCGCAAGAAGUUGCUGCCAAUCCGCAGGAAUACAAUGAUGCAGUUUUGGGCAAAUCUAACUCGGAAUAUUGCGCCUGGAUACAAAAACCCGACUCAUGGGGUGGCGCCAUUGAGGUGGCCAUACUAUCAAAUUACUAUGGCAUUGAAAUUGAUGUUGUGGAUAUACAAAAUGCCAUCAUCAAUCGAUUUGGUGAAGAUAAAAACUAUGGACUGCGUGUGUUUUUGCUCUUCGAUGGCAUCCACUAUGAUCCCUUGUAUUUGGAAACAGAUGGGAGUGGUGCUCCCGGUACCAUAUUCCCCAUUGAGGAAUUAGGCGUCUACCAACAGGCCGAACAAUUGGCCAAAGAAGCCAAAUCAUCUCGUCAAUUCACCAAUGUCGAUAAAUUCUCCUUGCGCUGUUUACAAUGUGAUGUUAUGCUGGUUGGCCAAGUGCAGGCUACACAACAUGCCAAGACUACUGGCCAUACAAAUUUCGGAGAAAUAUAAUAUCCUCUGAUAUUGGGAACCGUCUACAUGUUUGCCUUCUGUGUUUUUAUCUAUUACCUUAUAACACAAUGGAUUAUGCCCAACUCAUUGUUAUAACAAAUGGGAGCGAAAGAGAGAGAGAGAGAGAGAGAGAGAGAAAGAAAGCGCUAUAACCACAAACAAAACAUCUAAGAAAACUCUAAAAUACUAAACUUGAGACAUGGCGUUAAGGAGAAUAUACGAAAACAAACACACACAUACACACCACUCACCCACACACAUACCCUCAACUAUGUUUCAAUAACACCACUGUCGCUACUGUUGCGGAGAAAGGAUAUCAUCAUUUAUGCUAUGUUUCGCACUUAGAUUUUAGACCUAUUAAAACGCUUCUCGUAUACCACAUGGAAUCACACAACAACAAAACACAUUAUUGCCUAAAAUCUAAAUUUCUUUUUUUUCUAUUUCAACAUCAUUGCAGUUCUUUUAAAGACCACCCAUUAAGCAACAACAACAACAACACUACUAUUGGCUUUAGCUUUCAACUACUUUUUGUUAAAAUUUAAGUAAAACUUUCGAAUGCCCAUUACUGUGAAGCAUCAUGUGAUGUGCAGGAGAGUUAAAGUUCAAAUUUUCAAGCAUUAAGUUUUAACCGCAAAGAGAAAACUCUUAUAGAGAUUAUGGUUCGAAUUAGAAAAAAAAAACAGUUUAUUUGUUAAUUUAUUUUUUGCUAAUUUUUUGAAUUUCAAAAUAGACCUACACCUUAAAAUCAAA